AUGGGGAUAAGAGAGUUGUCUUUAAUAUCAAACGAUGACCUUUUCUUGUGUGAAAGUGGUGAUGAGAUCACAUCGCAUGGGGACAGAUGUAACAUUCGUCCCAAUUGUGGCGAUCGAUCAGACGAGAGGAAUUGUGAUCAGUACUUCUGUGCUCCAGAAAAAUCACAAGGUUUUCUUUGGACAAGAACACCAGUGGGCGGAGAAAUUAUGAAGCAAUGUUCCUUAAUUAACUCCGACUGGACAGGAGCAUUUGGUAGUCAAUGUGCUGACAAUGUUGACGGCACGGUUUGGAUCCACAAGAGUACUUGCGACUGCGAAAAGAAAACGUUGGUGAAGCACUUUAAGGAAAAAGUAAGUUUCAGCUGUUCAUUUUCUUUUAUCCCACAUGCCCAGUAAAAACAUAAGUACACAAAAAUUACUCCAAAUCUAGAUAACUGGAAAAUGCUGCUGUUGUGAAUAGAAAUGCAUUGAAUUUAUAUCAAAACCCGUCAGAUGCAGUCCGUACAUGUCCAGUUUAUAUGUUGAAUUUUUAGCUCCGGGAUAAGGGGUAAGCAAAUUGUGGUAAUUGCCUCCCCCACCCACCCCUAACUGUUCUUCCAGCUGGUCAUUUGAAGGAGCCAUAUCAACAUCAUUAAGACAUAUGC